CGAUUUAGCCGAAUGUUUGUGUCCACAUAUCUCGCAUAAUCAUAACAUUAAACAUUCGCAAUGCGAUGUGAAUUAAUUCAAUUCGCAUUUGUCAGUGGCGUUGCAAGGUCAGAUUUGAAGUUCAAUAAAUUUGAUUAAAUAAUUAAAAAUGGGUAACUCGUUAUGUAUACCAAUUCGAAUUCAUUCCAAAUACGUAAAAAUGUUAUAUUGUUUCCUCUUUAGCGCGAGCAUAUUGAUACUGUUUCGUCAGACAUACUGGAGAGACAUUAUCGAAGUUAAACCUUAUAAUUGGCCCACAGCAAUCGUCGAUGAUAUAGUUGAAGUUCGUCAUAAUUUGGAUCGAUCGAAAUACAAAUACAUGCUUCUAUGGACCCAUCCCGAAGACACUCCAUUUAUUUAUUUUGGUCAGGGAUCUUCAGUAUUUAUAAAUAAAACUUGCAAGUGGUCUAAUUGCUACGUAACUGGCGACAGAAAUAUUCUUGGUGACUAUGUUAAGUUCGAUGCCAUACUAUUUAGCAGCUCACGUUUAUCGGGGAUUUUAGAAGAGACGGAUAUCCCUGUUAGAAGGUCAGCACAUCAAAAAUAUGUUUUCUCGAGUGUAGAAUCUGCAGCUCAUUAUCCCAUUACUACAAAUAAUUGGAACGGCUUUUUCAAUUGGACUUGGACUUAUAAAUUGAAUUCAGAUGCCAUCUGGGGAUAUAUUAAUAUUAGAAACUCUACUGGAUAUACUGUUGGACCCAAACAAGAAAUGCAUUGGAUUGAUGUGAGGGAUAUGGAAGAAAUUGACAAUGACCUUAGAUUAAAACUGCAAUCUAAAAAUAGAGUUGCUGCCUGGUUUGUAUCAAAUUGCAAUACCUUAAGUCGCAGAGAGGAAUUCGUAAAAAAAAUAAACUCAGAGUUAAAUAAAUAUGAAUUAAGUGUUGAUAUUUAUGGCAGCUGUGGCAAAUCAUAUUGUCCUAAAAAAAUUAUGGCACGUUGUUUUAAAUUACUGGAAAAAGCUUAUUUUUUCUAUUUAGCAUUUGAAAAUUCCUUCAGCGAAGAUUAUGUUACCGAGAAACUUUUGUAUGCUUUACAACACAACACUGUUCCAGUAGUAUACGGAGGGGCGAACUAUUCCAGAUUCCUACCGAAUGGGUCAUACUUAGACGCCCGACAAUUAGGAGCAGCAAAGUUAGCACAAAAAAUGUUUGAAUUAUCAAAAGACCCGACAGCUUAUGCUCAGUAUUUUAAAUGGAAGAAAUAUUAUUCGUAUCAUUAUAGACAUGAAAGUCCAGAUACAGAUGACUACUGUCGGUUCUGCGCCGUGUUGAAUAAUGAAAAGCUCGUGAAGAAAAAAGGUUAUUACACUAAUAUUAGAAAUUGGUGGAGUGGUAAAGACAUGACAUGGGAUAAAUAA